GGAGGGGACGCUGACAUCACCGCCCGGCGCUGCUCGCCGGGGCCGGGCCGGCUCCGCUCCUGCUCCCCGCUCCCCGCUUCCACCCCCCGGGGCCGGGGCAGCCUCAGAGCCCGAGCAGCCCAGCACCAGGAGGAUGAAGGGUGGAAGGAGACCUGGCUGAGAAGGGGACAGCGCGUGGGUCUGCGGUGUUUGCUCACACCACAGUGAUCCCUGAGCCAACCUCACUGAGCAUCAGUGUGGAAUUUGGGGACUGGAGGAGUCAGGGUACCCUCUCCAAGGCAACAAUCUCUUCUUCCUCGCUGCCAUUCCCUGCUGCAUCCCCUCCAUGGCCUCCUCAGAGGGGCUGCAGUACCGUGCGCUCUAUGAAUACCAGAAGGACCGGGAGGAGGACCUGGCGCUGAGCCCUGGGGACGUGCUGACUGUCAGCAGGGCUGCACUACUCUCUGCCCCCAACUACAAGGACGGGGACGAGCGCAGCCCCAAGGGCUGGCUGCACGGCCUCAACGAGCGCACCAAGGAGCGCGGACACUUCCCCGGCACCUACGUGGAGUACCUGGGCCCCGUGUGCAUCAGCACCACCAAGGCCAAGACACGGCCAUUGCCCCCGCCGCCCGCCGGGACCCCUGUGCCCGCCGGCCAGCCCUGGGGGCUCUCGGGGCAGGCAGAGCACGCCGAGCAGCCAGCCCUCCCUGAGCAGGCACUGCUGACCGUGGCCAGGCUCAUCGAGGCACUCGAAAAGCAAGGUCUCGACAGUGAGCUGCUCUACCGAUCAGAGCCUGGUGUGCUGGCUGACACUGAGCUGAAGGAGGCUCUUCUGGCAGAUGCCUCAGACGUGGAUAUGGAGGUGUACGAUGCCCAGACAUUGGCAGAGACCCUGAAGUGGUACCUGCAGGAGCUGCCAGUUCCCCUUGUCCCUCCCACACUCUGCACCGACCUGCUCUGUAUGGCUCAAGAGACCCUGAGCGUGGAGGACUGUGGGCAGCGUGCCCUAGCCCUGCUGGCAGCCCCAGCCCUGCCACAGCCCCACAUGCUGCUGCUACGGGAGCUCAUCCGGCACUUCAGCCACCUCUGCCAGGCUGCCUGCAAGAACCGGCUGUCAGCACAGCUGCUUGGGGAGCUCUUUGGGGAGCUGCUCCUCCGCCCUGCCUCCUCCAGCACUGAGGCAAACCCUGAGCUCUGUGCAAGGAUCAUUGAGUCACUCAUCAUGGCUAGCGAGACGGCCGAGGUGCCAGCAGCCCCCGCUCUUCCUCCAAAGCCCUCCAAACCAAUGACUCCAGUGAAUACGAAUGGGAUAAAGGACAAUUCCAGUUUCUCUCUGCAGGAAGCGGAGUGGUACUGGGGGGACAUCUCAAGGGAAGAAGUAAAUGACAAAUUACGAGACAUGCCAGAUGGAACAUUCCUGGUGCGUGAUGCAUCGACCAAGAUGCAGGGAGACUACACUCUGACGUUACGGAAGGGUGGCAACAAUAAACUGAUAAAGAUCUAUCAUCGGGAUGGAAAAUACGGCUUUUCUGACCCACUGACAUUUAAUUCCGUUGUGGAACUGAUUAACCACUACCGCAACGAGUCUCUUGCUCAGUACAACCCGAAGCUUGAUGUGAAGUUGAUGUAUCCAGUAUCCCGAUACCAGCAGGAUCAGUUGGUGAAAGAAGAUAAUAUAGAUGCAGUAGGUAAAAAGCUUCAAGAAUACCACGCUCAGUACCAGGAAAAGAGUAAAGAGUAUGACAAAUUGUAUGAAGAAUAUACCAGAACAUCACAGGAAAUCCAGAUGAAGAGGACUGCAAUUGAAGCGUUUAAUGAAACUAUUAAGAUAUUUGAGGAGCAGUGCCACUCACAAGAGCGAUACAGCAAAGAAUACAUUGAGCGAUUUCGCAGAGAGGGAAAUGAGAAAGAAAUUGAACGGAUUAUGAUGAACUAUGAAAAAUUAAAAUCACGCCUGGGUGAGAUCCAUGACAGUAAAAUGCGUCUGGAACAAGAUUUGAAGAAACAAGCUCUGGACAACAGGGAGACUGAUAAGAAAAUGAAUAGUAUCAAGCCUGACCUAAUUCAGCUCCGCAAAAUCAGAGAUCAGUAUCUUGUAUGGCUCAAUCACAAAGGGGUGAGGCAGAAGCGAAUAAACGACUGGCUGGGGAUCAAAAAUGAAAAUAUUGAUGACACUUAUUUUGUGAAUGAAGAAGAGGAAAACCUGCCACAUCAUGAUGAGAAAACUUGGUUUGUUGGAGAUCUCAACCGCAUCCAAGCAGAAGACUUGCUCUGUGGGAAACCUGAUGGGGCAUUUUUAAUUCGAGAGAGUAGCAAGAAAGGAUGUUAUGCUUGUUCUGUGGUAGCUGAUGGAGAAGUGAAGCACUGUGUGAUCUACAGCACUCCAAGAGGUUAUGGGUUUGCAGAACCAUAUAAUCUGUACAGCACACUUAAAGAUUUGGUUCUUCAUUACCAGCAGACAUCCCUUGUUCAACACAACGAUUCCCUCAAUGUCAGGCUUGCCUAUCCUGUCUACGCACAGAUGCCCCCUUCUCUUUGCAGAUAAAUUUUGGGGAGGAGGAAAGUGUUGGCUAUCUUGGAUUCUUUUCUACAAUUUUUAUUAGAACUUGGAGGGCAUUCUUUCUCCUUAGACUGCUUGUUUUGCACAAGAAGUGAUUCUGUGAAUGUGAAUCAAAAAGAGGCCUAGCAGCAACAAGACGACAACUUGGGUGUAGGUGUCCUGGUGCUACCUUAAAAGCUCAGCUGUGCUUUUACACUGAUACUUUUGUUUCCUUAUGAGGGGAAUAGACUCAACAAAACCCAUACAGAAAUACUGGAAGCAAAACAUUGUUUUCUGGAGAUGAUUUUUGGCCAGGCACCUUCAAUGGAACUUCUAAUUGGAGUUUGUUUUCUCUUGUUCUAGUAGAGACAAUUUGAAGCCUCUGUUUGAGGCAUCAGUAAUGUCUUUCAGUCUUAAACUCCCGAGAAACUGGGGAGGAAACUCUACCACAGCAAUUCUUCUCUGUUAAUUUUAGCAGCUUCACUGCGAUUCAGACGAACUUCCGAAGAGGGCUUGUCUUGAGGUAGCAUGGAAUUUGGUGAGAGAAGACCAAAGGAAUAACGGGAAAGCUUCAGGUUUUUAUUUAAAUGGAAAAUGCUUGUAAAGAAAAGUUGCUUUAUUUUUUUGCCAACAGUGAUGAAGUUUUGGUUUCAAUGGCACUACAGGUCUUCACUUAAAGGAAACACUUAUAACCAAAUUGAACGCACCAAAACUUUGUUGCUAGAUUGAGCACUUACGGGGAAGGUUGCGUUAGCAUCUGCACAUAAUUUCUACACCAAAACUUGAAACAAAUAAAAGGAAAAGCUAAAAUGUUGUGUGGCUUCAAAACACUAAAUUUGUCUGAUCUGAUGUAACUGCUCACUCCUCUCUUUUUUCACCCCUCCUUUCCUCCCACUCCUCAGCUUGGGACUCUGUUUUCGGUUGUUAAAGAUACGUGCUUCAGAAUGUAAACUAGAAUGAAGCUUGCACUCACACGUUGCAGUUCUCUUGCUGAACAAGACAGACUCUUGUCAUGCUUGGUUUUGAUAUAGAAGAGGCAGGUGCAAUCUCAUGCUUCUGGAUGGCUUAUUGUACCAAAUGAUUUCUUGACGAGUAGCCACUUAGGUCUGUACAGAAGUGAGCAUGCUAAUUACAAUUUUCAAGCUAGAUUCUGAACUUUCGCACCACUGCUGCCAAGCAAGAUUUUUACAGUGGUAUAAUUAAAUUCCCUCACAGUUAUUUUGGACAUUGGGCAAAACACAGGAAGGGAAGGGAGAUGUUCUCCUCAGUUAUUGCGUGUCUGGUACCAUCGCUUGGCAAAGGCUGCUGUCAAAUACUGGAGAAGGUAGUCCUGGGCUUUGUCAAGUGUAGCAAUCAUCCCAUAAAUCCCCUCCUUGGACACCAUACAAAGCAGCUUAUUUCCAUUCCCUAAGCUUCUAAAAUGAAAAAGAGCUAAGUUUGGCAAACUGAGCCAUUUGGCAUCAAAGCAUAACCGGCAAAUUAAUUGUUUAGUGUGCAACCUUGAAAGUUACUUUUGUUCCUAUUACUGGAAAUGGUUCCCUUGAAAUGCACCCAUUGUACAGGACAGGAAGCAGACAGUCAUGCAGAUCUGGGAAUGCUGUAGACCUGUUUCUGACCCUGGGGCUGAUUUCCUGUUUAAAUGUGGGUUUUCUGUAAUGCGUGGGGAGGAAUGCCAGGCCUGUUGAUAUUCAAUGUUUACACGAUAAGUAUUAUUGAACUGAAUGUUGUGAAUUUGCAAGCAGGGAAAUGACAGGUCUGAAGCACUGACAGCCCUUGCAAGGAAGGCAGUCUGGUUGCCUGGCGUGCCCGUGAGAUGUUUUAUUUUGCACUAAUGACCCUGAUGUGUCCCAGGCACUUUCUAAUCAGCCAGAGAGUGUAAUCUUCUGGCAAAGAAUUCUGCAGAUUCCACUUUUCUAAUUCAAUGAAACGUUAUGAAACUUAACCAAAGCUGGGAAACAGAGAGGAAAGUCCUUGUAAGCUGUUCUAUCAACGUGCCCCACGUCUGCGCUUGUGUUCCUUCUGUCCCACUUCCCCAAGAGAAGGAAAAAAGCUGACGUAGCCUUUGCUGUGUGUGAAAAUCUGGAGUGGAAUCCUCUGUUGUUUAUGGAUGUGGAAAUUUUUCUUUUUUAAGGGCCUUGCCCCACCUCUUGGGUAAUUAGUAGUUCUAAUCUGGUAGCUGUAGAGCCGUGUUCUCACACCUCUUGUGCAUCUGAUGUUCCCUCAGUGCUGGAUUCAGUCCAAAUGCAUUACGAGGGAAAUCAGUUUCAAAGGCACAAAUGACAGCCAGGUGCCUCAUGCCUGUGGAAAAACCUUUGCUACGGGAGUUUGUGGGCGUUUUCCAUGCCCCCUGAUCUCUGGGCUCUCCCCUUACAGUGUUACCAUUCGGAGCUGCUGAGACACAUCGUUCCCAUCGCUGUUUUUGUCCAAUGGAUGUCUGCUACCUUCUUAGAUAGCGCUUGGGCUUGCUUUUGUUUUAAAAAAGCACGGGUCUGCUUUCAGCCCACGAGUCCUGGCACGCUCUCUCAGUACUGACAGCAGCAGGGUAGAAAAGUGGGGUUGUCUGAAGUUUCCCUGUAGUGGAAUCUCACUGAUCCUGUGAGGUCUUGGUCCAGGCUCCCCCGGCCAUGCCAACGCAAACACCGUGUAAUCCCACUGGCGUCUCUGGCAGGAUCUUGGCUUUGCAGUGGUGUGAGCGAGUUCAGAUGCUGGCUCGUCUCUCUCCAAGAUCUCUUUGCUAAUCACAGGUGAUGCCUUGGCUGUGAGCGCUGUGCUCAGAGCCGAAAGCCAUCUCGAAGCAUUCUUUGAAAUUCUCUUUGGCCCGAACCUUUGGAAGAGGUCUGUGGGCAGAUCAGGGCCGUGCUGCUUGUAUUCAGCUCCUCCCUAUGUUUUGCCACUGUGUCUUUUUGUAUUUGCUUUAGGCACCUGAAGCCACGCUGCUGGCGUAAGUGCCCUGUGACCCUCACGUGCCAUUGCACAGAUUCUUUUCUCAUCAAAUUUGCACUCAUGUGGCAAGUGAAAAACUGGGUACGAACCAACUGGCACGGGGAGCUGCCACCAUCAGCUGAGCAAGGGCUUGUCCUGCUGCCUUUGUGCCCUCAGCCUGCUUCUGUUUGCUCAGCAGCAUUGGAGCGGGGAGACGAACCUUUGCAUCCAGUAGUUGUGAACUUGUGUGGCUGAGAAAUCAGAACUGGGCCAGUGAGGUACAGGAUUAAACCCUCGUACAAUGGAACAGCUGUUAAGCCUAAAACAAAUACAGGAAAUGUGAACAUAAAGGCAAAACAAAGGAACUCGAGUUCUUUUAAAGCAGUAAAAUGCAAGAAAGCUUUGGUUUCAAGAGUCAAAAUGUCAGGAGGAAGGAGGGGGAAGGUCUCACUGGUGUGGCAGCAGCCUCGUGUCGGGCUGCAGUCCGAGGAGUAUUGAUUUCAUUGACCCAUGUUGUAUUAAAUAUAUACGUAGGGUUAAAUAAAUAACUUUUGCACAGUGUUAAAUGGGGGCGGGGGGUGGGGUGGGAACGUUGAAACUCUGAUAUGCACAGUUUCUUCUAAUCUGUUUUGAAGUAUAUUUGCAGGGAUCAGGGGUGAUUCAGUAUUUUGUAUUCGGAUGGAUGGGAAAUGAGGCCGACUUCCACAGUUGCCAUUGGCCCCGUUACAUCAGCCAAGAGUGCCAUGUUUUUGAAGUUAGUAAGUUACGAUCUCUUCCCACUCGUUUCUGUACUGCUUGUGAGUAAUCUUAGCGUGGAACUAACCGACCCAGGAGCAGAGGUUCAGCUCAGGGUGUGCGGAGCAGGAGCAGCCUGUGCCCACCCCCAGCUGGGUUGUUCCACAGCCAGGGCUCCUCUUGUGUUGGGUGUUGUUGUAACUCUCAGCUGCUUUGCACCGCUGGGUGGUUGCAAUCCAGAGUGUAGAUCCAGUACAGCCUUCUGUCUCUUGCCAAAAACAAACCGCUCUUUCCACGCUCGUCUCUCUUGAUGUGGCAGAACAUCAAGAAGUUUUCCAUUUAGUGUGAUGGGCCUGAUUCUUUUCUCAUUGACACUCGUGUAAGCAAGAGUCCCACAACAGAAAGCCAUGUCCAAGAGAAGAGCUUGUACUUCAUCAUAUCUGAAUCCAAGUCAUAGCGAGGCAAAAACCAAAGUUUGUCUUUUGCAAAGCCAGGCAACUGUAAUGGGGACUGUGGAAAUGCAGGGUGGCACUUGGUGCAGCUCUGGGGAGGACAGGGAGCGAGGGCUGCGUGUCCCCGAGCCCACAUUGAGUGCAGAGUAGCUGCAGGAGCGUCACAGCUUCGGGUUGGAAAAGCCCCUUAUUUGGUACUUGAACAACCUCUCUUCUGUUUUUGAAUGUCUUGUUUAUUUUUAUUUUUGUCACACUAACAGGGAAUAAAAAUCUGAAAUGUUAGUGAGUCUCGUAUGUUUGCUGCAUUGUGCAGACAUAAAACAGGUACUGCUUGUGGGGCGGGAGGGGUGUGAGACAGGUUCAAAAUGCAGUUUGACAAAGCGUUAGGAUGAGUCAGGGGUUGUUUUGUUCAGAUCAUCUUUCAAAUCAGACUUUUGUAUGCAUAGUUUCCUUCUGUUAAUUUGCAACAUCUGCUUUUGAAUCAGCAAAGUCAAAAUACGUUCCCAAAGAACGAAGCAGGGAGGGGAGCGGGUUACACUUACUUCAACUUAGCAUGCAAACAGCCCCGAAUGGCUUUAAAAAGGGGAAGGGUCAGCAUCCCAAAGCUUUCCUGCUUGUGCUGUGGUGGAGCAGCAGCAGGUGCUGCUGUGGGAGCUCUGUCUUCAGCCGUGAAAGAAACGGGAUGCAGAGCAGAGCCACUCGAGCAGCGCGGGCCGAAAGCUUGGGGUGCUUUGUUGUCCUCUGUGCGUGCACUGCAAGAAGCAGUCAGGAAAUUAAUAGAAGUUUUGAAGGACUGCUCCUCUGCUCUGGAAGGAAACGCGGCUGCUGAUCCCUGGUUUCCUUUGGCACGGCUCGUGCUGCCAGCAGCGGGGAGUGGAGCUGCUGGCCCGAAGGAAGGCCGGCCGUACAGCUGGGCCGGCCGAUGCUGCGCGAGGAGCGCGUUCUGCUGGGGUUAGGGGAAGUUUGGCCAACAUUUUUGUGAAUCUUGCAUUCUGUGGGCAGAAAUAUUUUCCACCGAACGGGAAGGGAAAAAAUUUCUUUUGAAAUCUUUUCAAUUCCUUCCUGUUUGUUCACAGGGGCAGAAAGCACCGUGCCUGUUAACUGUUCAGACGAUGGCGGUGCUCCAGGUGCGGGCUUGGGGGCUGGCUCCAUACAACCGGUGCAGAAUUUGCAGGUUUGUUUGCUAUUGGCAUAGAGUCACCGUGCUUUAAAAUGAUGGUAUUUGUUCGGAAAUUUGCCUUUACAAAUACGUAACGUGAGCUUCAGAGAGAAAAUAUAAAUCCCAAUCAAGAGUCAGUGUUCGACACAGCAGCUUUAAUCUGACCCUUCCCCAUCGUCAGUUCCAUAUCACUUCUGUAGGGCUGGUGACUGCUUACCCCAACCCUGCAGUGCUGUCCCUGCACCAGGCCAGGGAAGGGGCUUUGGGGUUGUUUGGAUAAAGAGGAUCAUGUCCAGAGAUGGGGACAGCAGGGGCGGCCAGGCUGUUUGGGCCCCCAGGGCUUGGCUGCAGUGCAGCUGUGUGGAUGGGUUUGAGGCUGGGUUGUGUUCCUGAGUGUCAGGCAGAGAUAGUUUUGACUAAACCUGUUAAUUUUGUAUAUCUGGCUGUUAAUUGCACCACGGGAUUGUAAUGGUCUGCAUCAUCUGUGCGUGUGCGUGUGUGUGCGUGUGUAUCUGUACUGUAUGUAUAUAGAUAUAUGUAAAAUAUAUUCCCAUACGCAUCGGUAUGCAUUAGCUGUAAGUGGCACUGCCCCUGGAACUAAGGCAGAACUCACCGCUAGCACAUCCUGCUUGGGCAAAGCUGGGCUUAUUGCCACAGACGACAAGGAGCUGGUCCUCACCACCUCCGAUCCGUGCUCCUGAAGUCCCGCAGGAUGGGUUUCCUGGGGGAAGUGCCUCUGUUUGCGAGCUGAGCUGAACGCGGCUCCCAGCUGCGCUCUGGGACGCAGCACUGAAAUCCUCCGAAAGCAAAGGUGUGGGGAAGGAAACCCUCCGUGCUCCACGAGGGGCAGCGGCGCUUUGUGUGCGGGGCUGCAGCAGCAGCGCUGCUGGGUGCAGCCUUCGCUUUUAUCCUUUCUCGUUAUUAUUUGACUUGGAUUUUCUUUAAGGGAAACCGCCUCUGUUAGGAACCUGCUUCCCCAGAAGCUGUCGGCUUAUUUUCUUUCCGUAUGAAUUCCAGCAUGUAACUUUGGUACUCUUGUUUGUUCUUUGUGUAAAACCUGUUCUUCUGUCGUUUAUGGUGUAGUCAGAAAGAAAAAAAAAAAGAAAAAGAAAAAAAAAAAAGGAA